UUCCUUCUCUCUCUCUUCCCCCGAAAAUUCUCCAUUCUUCUUUAUCAAUCAUCCCCCACUGCCCCCGCUCCAUAAAUACUCACACCUCACCUCCGAACCUUCUAGAACAUCCAUCGUCUUCUUCCCAUCUUCCGCUAAGCUCCCCUGUCUUCCCCCUCUCCGAAGCUUCGGCGGCGACCGGCGACAAUCCCUAGGUACGUUUGGAUCUGCGUAACACUUUACUGAAUGCUAUGGGCCCGUCGCCGGCGGAACAAACUGGCGAAUCUACAGCUGGAGAAUCUCAGAGAUCGCUUCCGACGCCGUUUUUAACGAAGACGUACCAGCUGGUGGAUGAUUCAUCCGUGGACGAUUUGAUUUCGUGGAAUGAAGAUGGAUCUGCGUUCAUUGUUUGGCGGCCGGCGGAAUUCGCCAGAGAUUUGCUUCCCAAGUAUUUUAAGCAUAAUAACUUCUCCAGCUUCGUUCGCCAGCUCAACACCUACGGAUUCAGGAAAGUGGUGCCUGAUCGUUGGGAGUUUAUGAAUGAGUCUUUCCGGCGAGGCGAGAAGGGACUUCUUCGUGAUAUUCAGCGCCGCAAAAUCUCUCCUGCUUCGGCGGCGGCGUCGACAUCAAUGGCUGUUGCGGCGAAUGCCGUGACCGUGGCUGUGCCGUCGGCUGUAAUAACGGUAUCUCCGGCGAAUUCAGGCGACGAGCAAGUUCUGUCAUCCAACUCGUCGCCGGCGGCGACCGCUAUAGCUAUCCGCCAGGCGGUGCUUACAGCGGCGCCUGAAAUUCUGGAGGAAAACGAGCGUUUACGAAAAGAGAACGCGCAACUCUAUCGAGAACUGAAUCGGUUGAGGGGUUUGUGUCACAACAUCUACAACAUGAUGUCUAACUACGCCGUGAAUCCGCCGGAAUCGACCUCCGGAUUACCUGACGGGCGGACGUUGGAUUUCCUCCCGGCGAGUCAAGGCGCGGCGGCGGAACACGAAACCACCGCAGAAGACGAAGCUGUUAAGGCGGAGGACGACGGGACGACCCCAAGGCUAUUCGGCGUCUCGAUUGGCGUAAAGCGCUUUAGGGAAAGCGAGGACGUGGAAGGCGAAAGACAAACGCAAUCGCAACCGCACGGAUCCGACAUGAAAACAGAGCCGUUGGAUUGUGGGUCUGCCGAUAAUGGUCCCUGGCUAGAUAACAGAUUGUUAUAACUCAUAACAGCGAAGUUUCCAAAGAUUUCAAAAAACAAAGAUAGUCAGGUUGUUUUUAUUACUAAUUUAAGUAUAGAAAGGCAAACAGUCCUUGUUAGAUUGAUGCAUAAUACAAUCAAGCUAAGUUUGUUUGUAUCUU